AUCCGAGUUCAAGACUACCAAUGGCGAAGCACCAAAGAAUAUUCCUGUCAAUGCCUACGAAAUUGAAAAAGUCACUUUAGUCGAGACUGGGGAAACUAAUAUUAAUGACGAAGGAGUAUAUCUUCAGAACAAGGACCUACCCGAAGAAAUCAGUUUUUUCUAUGAGGACCACGUUAUGGCAAAAAGGUAUCGUCUAGCUGGAGUUUCAUAUUGCAACGGAAGCCACCACGUUGCUGACAUCUACUUUGAGAAAACUAAGAAUGUAGACUGGUAUCAAUACGACAGGUUAGAGAAGACCUACCGUGCAAGAGCCAUGUAUAUUGGAUGCUCACAUCCAUCACUAAAAAAUGG